AUGACGGGCAGUAAUAUGUCUGAUGCUCUCGCGAAUGCAGUGUGUGAACGCUGCCAGACUCGAUUUGAUCCCGCGGAGAGGAUUGUGAACAGCAAUGGGGAGCUCUACCAUGAGAACUGCUUUGUCUGUGCUCAGUGUUUUCGCCAGUUCCCAGAUGGACUUUUUUACGAGUUUGAAGGUCGGAAAUACUGUGAGCAUGACUUUCAGAUGCUGUUUGCUCCUUGCUGCGGGGAAUGUGGUGAGUUCAUCAUUGGGCGUGUUAUCAAGGCAAUGAACAAUAACUGGCACCCAGAAUGUUUCCGUUGUGAGCUCUGUGACGUGGCACUUGCUGACCUGGGUUUUGUGAAGAAUGCUGGCAGGUAAAAUGGAGCAGGAGCUC